CAGUCACGUUUUCGGUUAGCUUAUCGCAAGUAAAACUCAGGACAAAAGUGUUUAGGCUGUUUUGGAGUAUAAUGUUAUUUUUCUUGAACGGAGGAUUUGGUGGUGAAUUUAGUGAAUAUUGUUAGACAUUAAGCUCUCAACUUAAUUGCGACUUAACGUUAGCAUUUUCUAUAUUUAGCCUUUAGCAGCGCUGUAACCUUGGCGUCUUGCGUCUAAGUAGCAGCUUGUGCCUCACAAAUUCAAUAUGUCAGGCAUUUGCCGCGGUUUGAGCUUUCUCACAAGUAAGGCAUUGAAAGACGCCACAGUUUUAUCACCUUGUUCGUGGUUUGUGCCCACUCGCAGCAAAUUUUCCAAAUCAAGAAUCCCAGAGACGAUUUUUGAAGAGAGAUCAAAAGAGCACGAGAAGUAUGGAGGCGAUCCAGAGCAACCUCACAAACUGCACAUAGUGACCCGGGUCAAAAGUGCAAUGCGAAGGCCAUACUGGGAGAAGAACAUCGUGAAAUACUUUGGACUUCAAAAGGCCCACAAACCUGUAAUCCAUAAAAACACGCCUUCAGUUAAUAACCAACUGAAAAUUAUCAAGCAUCUUAUAAGGAUACAGCCCCUGAAAACUCCACAUGGUCUCCCUUCUGAGGAGGACAUGGCCGACACAUACAUCAACAGCAAGGGAGAGCUGAUUGUACGUCGCCUUCUCCAACCUGUCGACAACAAGGCUAUUGAGUCUUAGUUCUGCUCUGUGAUGUUUGUUCAUAUUUAAGCUGUUAAUAAAUAAAUAGGAAGAAAUAUAAAAAAUAGGUUCCAGUCUUGUUCUCUUCUAAGGUGUCUUUUGAGCUUAAUGAAAUAUUUUGUAGUGAUUGGAUUAGUUUGAAAUCCUUCAGCAAACCUAGCUUAACAAAUAACCAAGACACAGUUUGAAACUACUGGUGUAUCUAAAUAAGUCUAAAUGAUUGAAAAGUUUGUUUCAGUAAUUAAAAGUAUAAUGAACCUAUACAGGUAAAGCUUAGCAUAGGAGGAAAGGAACCGAUACCUGUCCUAAAGAUCAGAGUGUAAAUGUGCCCUUUGUGUCGGCUCCAAUGUGUUCAGUGUAAUGUCAGGGGGGAAAAGCUAUGAGAGUCACGCUGUGUGUAAAUAUCUUAUUUCACUGUAAAUACAGCUGCUCAGUCACAGCCUGAUAGAGAACAUAAAAGAAAUCCAGAACAUCCUGACUGUUGGACCUAGGAAUUUGGCCUUCCUAGAUCCAUGGAUAUAAUCAGGCUAUUGAAAUAUUUGAAAUACUUUUAACUAUUCAGAUAAAUCCAUAAAGAAGUCACAUUUGCAAUUUGCCACCAUCAAAAUAGAACAAACUGCAUCCCCGCGUUGGCACGUGGCAGUGGCAGCAUUAGACUGUUAAGAUGCUUUUGUUCAGUGAUGAUGGAAGCUUGUCAGUGUUUUAACGUUUUGAGACAGGGGCGGCAAGACGGUGACCCUAAAAACAACAGAACAGAACCAGUUCGUCUCAAACAUUCAUGUUAGAGUUGUCUGGUUUUAAUGCCACUGAAAAUCUUAAAAUGUAAAAAUUGCUCAACAAUCUGAUUUACAUUUAGGCUGUUUUUCUUCUUGACUUAGAAAAUGUUUAAAUUUCUUUACUUUGUAGAAAAAGCUGAUUUGUAUCUCAAAAUACUUGCUGCUAUAAUUGCAUAGAAACAUGGUUCUACAAUGCUCAGACAUUUGAAGGGUUGAAAAACAUAAGCAAGCCACAAUUAAUUUGUAUUACUAAAAAUAGUUCCAGCAUAUAAAAUCCCAGUAAAGUAUGCAGAAAUUUGUGGUUGUAGCAUAAAAAGAAAUUGAAAGUAAGUCGAGGUAAAUUAAUAGUUUUGCAGGAUGUUGUAAAGCCUUUACAAAGGCUCCAGGAAUCGGUACAGCUGACAGGACAGCCAGCUGUCAUAUGUGAAGGUGUGCUGUGGUGGAAACAUGACAAAAAUGUAGAAAACGUCUUAACUUGCAUGAAUAUUUUUUCCAAGGCACUCAAAAGAAAAAUUUUGAUUUGGUUGUUUUCAGGCCUGCAUCUGUUCUUGAUUCAAAAUAAAUCAGAUGUCAAUUAA